CUCAGCUCAAGGCUAAACUUUAGUUAAGCGAAGGAGCUUUGCCAAUUUCCUGGUUUUUACCAAAUGAAUGUCCUUUACACUUAACUCCGUCAAAUCUGGCGUUUUCCCCCAAACCUUUUUCCUUUCCUUUUCUGUAACAUUCUAAGGCACAGAUUUUGAAUUUCUUCAUAUUCAAUAUGAACUGAACGGUGACUUAAAAAUCAUGUGGUGGGUCUCAAUAAAAUGCGUUUAUAGUUCUCUCUCAUCCAAAUAAAAUCAGCUACUGAGACAAUGAAACUAUUUGAAAGGCCAUAUAAAGAGCUUACUCUGAAUAACCAUAACAAAGCUGUAUGCAACAGUGAUCGGGAAAACGCAAUUACUUUGCCAAAAGUAACGCGCCUGACAAACACGUUCGAAGAGAGAUUAUCUCUAACAUUAUUGACAGGAUUAAGCCUAUACUUGUUUAUCUUAAACCUCGGACUACCAGCUUCAAUAACAGAUGUUGAAUUAGAAAUGACAAGACAAAUUAAUGGGUACAUAUCCAGAAAAUUAUUUAUUGGAAGGUUCCUACCGUUGGCUGGCCUUCUUUUACCUACAUUGGCUAGUUUAACAGGUUUUCAAGGAACAGAAGACUUGUUAUAUGCUCGGCAGUCCUCUUCAGAAAUCCCUCUAAUUACAUUGCGAACUGCAUCAGCCAUUUUAGGGUCAUCCACGGUUCCUCUCUGUUAUUUAACCCUCCGUAACAUGAAUCAUUCUCGUACAACGGCUACGUUAGCAGCCUCAUUAAUAUUAUUUGAAAAUGGAAUGAUUGCACAAUCGAGAUAUGUAACGCCUGAUAAUUACACUGCGAUUUUUGGUGUGUUAGCUUUUUUUUUCUGGACGAAGAGUUAUACAUACACUAAUCAAAGCUCUCUCCUAUGGCCUAUUUUUGCUGGACUAUGUCUCGGCUGUGGGAUUAGUACGAAAUGGACAGGUAUAUUUGCUUUGGGUGUAAUAUGGGUGGCUCAUCUUACAGAUACUUGGCAAAAGCUUUGCGACCGGCGAAAUAAUGUGGAGCAUGUCGUCAAACACUUUUGCAUAAAAGCUUUCAUGAUUGGUUUCCUCCCUGCCAUUGUAUACGGUGCUAUUUUCAAGAUCUAUUUUAAUGUUCUUGGGAAUGCAAGUGACCAUGAUUUGUUACUAAGCCCACAACUAAAGCAUUCGUUCAGCGGACCUAGCCAGACAGAUAUUGCAUACGGUUCACAAAUUCUUAUUCGACAUGUUGAUCCAGUUGGUGGAUAUCUUCCAUUGCAUAACAGAGCAACUACUGAAGACAGUACUCAGCAAGAAGUAACAGUGUAUCCAUACUCUGACAUCAAUCAUCUCUGGACAGUACACGAAGCAAACCGAAGAUGGAACUCCUCGCAAUCUAUUGAGUAUGUUUGUGAUGGUGAUCAAGUUCGUUUAGAGCACUUCGCUUCAAGUCCUAAGCUCUAUUUUCACGACGUGCGCCCGCAAUUAACUGGUGAAAAUGGACACAGUGAAGUAAAAUUUAUUAUAGACAAGAACGAUUAUUGCACUCUUCGAAAUUUAAUAGAGGACAACAAGCCGAAACUAACAUGGAAAGCUCUGAAUCAAAAAUUCCGUCUUCAACAUCUUCGUGGUUGCAUUCAGAUUUCCCAUGAUACAUGGUACAUUUCCGGCGGGAACCAAAAAGAAGUUAGAUGCAUGUCUACCCGUGCUAACAAUAUACCAGCUUGGAUAGUGGAAAUAGCUAACAACAAAAAGUCGGAAAGUACAGACUACAUCAGUUAUCAGGAUAUCUCAUUGUCUGAAAAAUUUAAAAAAGUUCACAAUUUGAUGUGGCAUGCGGUAUAUAAUCAUUUACAAACUGGCACGUCCGCUACCGAGGCUCCUAAGUCCCAACAUCGUCAGGAAGACGUUCCCAGCCAAUGGCUUUUCAAGAGUGAUGGAUUGAAGUUCUGGAAUGAAUUAUAUGGUCAUGCUGUGUACUUCAUUCUUAAUACAGUUGUACAGCGCAUCAUUCUGUUAUCUAUGCCAACAUAUGUGUCUUACUUCAGCUUUAAUGCUAUCUUCAGUCACUGUCAAGUUACACUCACACAUUUAUUUCCACGGAUACACUCUACAGGCAACGAUUCGCUACUGGAUGAACAUUACACAAAAUCAGUUUCAUUUUUCUAUCCUGCUCUACUGGUUCACAUUCUCCUCGUGAAAACUUUACCACUCUAUUCACUUAUUAUGUCCGACAUUUCCGGCGUCGUAUAUUGCGGUAUUGGCUUAACGGCUAUCAUUUUCGAGGCUUGCACCUUCCGUUUAUCCAAUUUUGCUCUCCGUUCUAUUGUGUUCUUCAUCGUAGUAUUAUCUUAUGUCAAUUAUAACCGAUUGUCUGGGUUAACCUAUGGAAAUACCAUUUGGCGUCGACUACGAUAUGAAGCUUCUGGCCUCAAUAUCGAUUGUCUAAAUUUCACAUCGUCACCUUUUGUUACGGUUGAUGUGGAUGUACGUAACAGUGAUACAGCUUCUUCUGCUGUUAAGACCGUUAAUGUGGGGCUGGCUGAUAGUCGCACAGAAUCAAUCCAAUACAAAGAUGACGAGGAUGAAGAAGCAGACAAAAUAAUUAACUCACUGAAAGAGGAAUCCUUUAGCCAAGAGGCCGAUAUAGCUACAGGUACUUUGCGUUACGACCGCGUUUUUCCUACAGAGGUUAUUUCUCUUGAAGAAGCUGCACAGUGGGCAUUUGACGUUACGAACAGUGUGUUGCAAAGACAAGAUAAGGCUGCAGAAAAAGUUAAAUUAGAGGAAGGGCUAAAGAAGCAAGCCAAACAUAUAAAGCAAACAAAGGAGGAGGAGGCCAAUAGGAUUCGACAAGACCUGAAUAGUAUUAUUGAACAGGAUGCUUUGAUGGAGGAUGACGAUUAAUAUACCUUAAAACAAUAAGAACACUGCAUUAAUUGGAUAAAUUUUCCCCCUCCUCCUCGUAACAUAUUUAUGAUAUUCUAAGGAUUCCGUUGUGAUUACCAUAUAUUAGUCAUAAAAGGACGGAAACCAAUUUUGGCAUAAUGACAUUGGACAAGUACAGUAACAAUACAAUCCGUAAGUUUCUGUUAAACAGUAGGCUCAAAGUUUUCCUGAAGAAGCUUAUUAUCCACUGAAUUGAGACU